AUGGCGGGUUAUGCAAAUGAUAGGUUGAUUGACCAAGAAGAGUGUACUGACAGUGGAAGUACGACAUUAUAUAACAGUGAUAAACUUAUGUUUUUCAAGGAUCUCUCUAAAUUGUUUAAGUACUUCAAAGGCUUCUCUGCUUCAAACACUAUCUUAAUUGAUGAUGAACCAUACAAAGCUCUUCUUAAUACUGACAAUACAGGUGUGUUCCCAAUGAGUUACGAUCCUACAGACAAGAACGAUGACUUUCUUGAUCCAGAAGGAGAGUUCUGUUCUUACUUGGAUGAUCUCGCAAGUUCGUCAGAUGUUCAAGAUUAUAUUAAAGAGCAUUCUUUUGGUCAGCCAAUGAUUGAUUCUUCUCAUCCGGACUGGUCUUUCUACAGCAAAGUCAUAAAGGAUUAUUACCUUGCAUAUGUUUGUUAGUCUAGUUUUAUUAAUAUUUACUCUG